UGGCUGGAAUCCACCACAAACAGACAAGCGCCGAAUGUAAAUGAUGGAGAAGCUAAAAAGCCACGACCGCAUUGAGGAUUGGCCAAUGGAUAAAGCGCUGGACAAAUAGAUCACCUCAAAAGAGAAUUAAAAGAGGACUCUCUUUCUGCGUGUCUACCUUAGGACCUCCUGCAGGGAGAUGUUCAUCAUUAUGGGAUAGAUGCACAUAGGUCUUGCCUAUUGCCAUGGAUACCAGCACGCGUAAAUUCACAGUGCGGAGAUGGUUUUCUAUCUACCUGAAGAACAAGGCAGCAAGGAACAAGAACAACACAGGCUUCUGUCAGCUGGAGGAGGACAGUAUAUUGAAGGAAAUUGACAUUAGCCACCAUGUUAAAGAGGGCUGUGAGAAAGCUGACCCCUCUCAGUUCCAGCUUCUUAAAGUGCUGGGACAAGGCUCCUAUGGAAAGGUGUUUCUUGUGAGAAAGAUCAGAGGAGUGGACAGAGGGCAGCUGUAUGCCAUGAAGGUCCUGAAGAAAGCCACACUGAAAGUUCGGGAUCGCGUGCGGUCGAAGAUGGAGAGAGACAUUCUGGCAGAAGUGAACCAUCCAUUUAUAGUUAAACUACACUAUGCCUUUCAGACAGAAGGAAAGCUUUAUCUUAUCCUGGACUUUCUCAGAGGAGGAGACCUUUUCACUCGUCUGUCUAAGGAGGUGAUGUUUACAGAAGACGAUGUGAAGUUUUACCUGGCAGAGUUGGCCCUGGCGCUGGACCAUCUGCACAGCCUGGGGAUCAUCUACAGGGACCUCAAACCUGAAAAUAUUCUUCUGGAUGAAGAAGGUCAUAUUAAGAUAACAGACUUUGGAUUAAGUAAGGAAGCUAUCGACCAUGACAAAAGAGCAUAUUCCUUUUGUGGGACUAUUGAGUACAUGGCUCCAGAGGUUGUGAACAGGAGAGGACACACACAAAGUGCUGACUGGUGGUCAUUUGGGGUACUUAUGUUUGAGAUGCUGACAGGGUCACUACCAUUCCAGGGAAAAGAUCGAAAAGAAACAAUGGCACUUAUUCUAAAAGCGAAGCUGGGAAUGCCUCAGUUCCUCAGUCCUGAAGUGCAGAGCUUAUUAAGAGCACUCUUCAAGAGGAACCCUGUUAAUCGACUCGGAGCCGGACCGGAUGGAGUGGAAGAAAUAAAAAGGCAUCGCUUCUUUGCAUCGAUAGACUGGACUAAGUUGUUCAAGAGGGAAUCGAGGCCUCCCUUCAAACCCACAGUUGGUCGACCUGAAGACACUUUCCAUUUUGAUCCUGAGUUCACCUCCAGAACACCCACAGAUUCUCCCGGCAUCCCUCCCAGUGCUAACACGCACCAGUUGUUUCGAGGUUUCAGUUUUGUUGCACAAAAUCAGAAUCCGGAGUCCAGUGUUGCGACGGUCGCAGCUACUCGUCAGGAGUUGAGCAGUAUCAACCCCAUUGCACAGCGUCUCCGUGGUGAUGUGGCCUUCAGCGAUGUUUAUGAACUGAAGGAGGAAGUUGGGCCGACAGUGACCUCUGCCUGCAGGAGAUGUCUGCACAGAGUUACUGCUGUGGAGUAUUCAGUGAAGAUUAUUGAGAGAGCGAGGAAAGAUCCAUCAGAAGAGAUCGAGAUUCUGUUACGAUACGGACAGCACGCAAAUAUUAUUACCCUGAAAGAUGUGUUUGACGACGGCCAGUUUGUCUACCUGGUUCAAGAUUUACUGAGAGGAGACGAGCUGCUGGACAGAGCUCUGACUGUGCCAAACUUCACAGAGAGAGAUGCAUCAGACAUCAUCUGCACGCUGAGCAAGACUGUGGAGUAUUUACAUUCACAGGGGGUUGUGCAUCGAGACCUGAAGCCUGGCAACAUCUGCUAUUCCGAUGACAGUGGACUCCCAGAAAGCAUCAGGAUAUGUGAUUUUGGUUUUGCCAAACAGCUCAGGGCAGAGAACGGUUUACUGAUGAUCCCCUGUUACACAGCUACGUUCAUGGCUCCUGAGGUUCUGAGGAAGCAGGGUUAUGAUGCAGCCUGUGAUAUCUGGAGCCUGGGGAUCCUGCUCUACACAAUGAUAGCUGGCUUCAGUCCAUUUGCCAGCAGCUCUGAUGACACAGCAGAGGAAAUUCUGGCGAAAAUCGGCAGCGGGAAAUUCGUCAUCACAGGAGGGAACUGGGACCUGGUGUCAGAUUCUGCCAAGGACAUUGUGAUAAAAAUGCUCCAUGUGGACCCUCACCAGCGCCUGACCGCCCCCCAGGUUCUUCGUCAUCCCUGGAUUGUAGACAGAGAGCAGCUCUCUGACACAGCUCUCUCCAGACAAGAUGCACUUACUGUCAAGGGGGCACUGUCUGCCACUUACUCAGCUCUGAAGCGCUGUGUCACUGCGCCGGUCCUGGAGCCGGUUCAGUCUUCCAGCCUGGCUCAGCGGAGAGGGAUGAGGAAACUGGGAAGUCCCAAAGUUGAAUCUGACACUCAAGUGAAAGAGCCCACCGAGCAAUCCAAGUAAAUCUCCAGAGAUGUGAAAAAUGUGCACACAUAAUUCAAGUGUUGGAAGUCGUUUUCAUCUGACAUCAGUUUCGAAUCACUCAAUUCAAAAGAAACAUGUGAAAACAAUCUUAUACUGUGAAAUAAUGAAUUCAGCCUGUGACUGUAAAUAGAUCAAACCCCAUUGAACUCGACUUUUAUGAGCCUUAUUUUAACCUUGCAGUAGCCUUUAUGGUCAUUGGAUGACCACCAAUUGUCCUGUAAGCAUAGCGAACAUCCAAUUGAAAAAAAAAAAAAAAA